AUGACCGAGAUGGCGGUCCGAGUCCGCACCAAGUACCACUGGCCGGCCGUGCAACUUAACUUCUGGACCUUGAUCAUGCUGGUUGGAAGCUCGGCCAACUUGGGCAUCUUCGCCAGCUUCAUGAGCGUCCAGUCGCAGCUGCAGCUUGGGAUUCCUUGGUACUUCCCCUACUGGGUCACCGUCGGCGCGCUUUCCAUCGUCUUCAUCAUCAUCAUGCUGUGGCUGAUUUCCCAGCGCCAGCUGCUGCCCGGUAUCGUCAUCAUGGGCUCCUUCAUCCUCUUCGUCCUGUGGACCGUCGGCCUCAUCGUCAUCAGUAUCCAGCUGUGGGGGCCCAGUGGCGUCAACGGGAAUUGCGGCCUGUACGUUAACAGCAACGCUGUCAAGGGUGCCAGCACCAGUACCUUGGCUUGGUUAGAACAGCAUAGUAUCUGUCAGAGCUGGACAGCAGCCUGGGCCUUCGAGCUCGUAGGCGCCAUCUUCCUGCUAUGGAUGAUGAUCAUGUCGUACCAAGUAUAUCGGGACAUCUGA